AUGUUAUUGCAACCAAUAAACUCGUCAGAAGAUUAUUGCAACUUUCUCACACUUAACAUUGACGAUACUCCGCCGGCUACGUACUUCUUAUGUACUAUAGUUGAUGAUAACUGCUGCGGUAAUGGUUUAUAUACUUCCUCUGAUACUAAUUGUGCAGGUGGGAAUCCUUUGACUCAUUUAGUUUCCCUCAAACAUUUCCACAAAGGAUUUGUUACAAGUAGUGCUUCUUUUGUUAUUACCGAUGAUUUGAUUGUCAUGCCAAACUCCAAGCAUGUUACAAGCUUUGGUUUACUUCAAAACUGUGGAAUAAAAACCACAAGUUCCUUAAAGGAAAUGACGUUUGAAGUCACUAAGGAAAAGGUGCUGGAUCUUUUGAAGUGCGCUUUGAUUUCCAAGUCACCUUUAACAGAUACGUUUUUGCGAAAUGAACCAUCCGUUGAAGAGUCGUCAAAGAUUUUGAACUAUGAUGUUGAAGAUAAUGCUGAUAUCCAGAUAAGUGUAAAGCUAGUUAUAAGAAAAUCAGAUGGCAAGGUAUUGUAUGCUCAAGGGGAAGAAGAUUUUGUUGAUAUGCUAUUAACUUUUCUCUCAUUUCCCUUGGGAGGAGUUGUAAGUAAGAUAAGAGAAAAUUGUUCUUUGGGAAGUAUUGAUAAAUUGUACAAGAGCAUUGUUGUUUUAGAAGAAAACAAGUAUUUUAAGUCAACAAAAGCCAAGAAAAGACUUGUUGAUCCUCAAGUUGCAUCGCAAUUCAAACUAAGCAAUAAGAUAUUACCUCUUCAGCCGGAUAUGGAGUAUUAUUGUUAUUAUGAUGGCCAAAGUUUCAAAGAGAGUAUUAUUGAUAAUCAAUUUUUCAUAAGUGAUGAAUAUAGGAAAGAUGAGAAAAACUGUAAAAAUAUGUUUCUACUCGAUAAUUUCAAAGCAUGGAGAGGAAGCCGAGAAGGUUAUGUGAAGGAAUUGAAAAUGUAUGUGGCUACCGAUGACUUGAUCGUUGCACAAUCGUCUCCGAUUUCAUCUUUAAAUUUAAUUGACAGUUCGGAAACUUCUCUUGAUGACUUGAAGGAAGAGGUUGUCACCAUUGGCCUUAAGGAGGUAAGAUUGACUAAAACUUUAUGGAUUUUUCAUCUUCACCUUUUUGUACUUCUAGUAUUGGUUUACUUGGUGAUUAUUUAGCAUAUUGAUGGCAACAUUGACUUCUACAUCUGCUCUAACAAAUGGUUUAGCUCACUUGUUAACUGAAGUUAAGGAGGAGAAAUAAGAAUUAAUUUUACUUCUAACAUACAACAUUUUCAGGCAUACUAUUUUGUGGUUGUUUCAUUUUUUUUCAUCUCCUUGUUAAUUGUAUUUUAUUGGUAUUUUCAGCACACAAAACUCUUUUUCUUAAGUUAAAAAGUUGGUUGAUAUCUAAUAUGUUAGGCCAAGUUGUGCUAGCAGUAC